CAGAUGCAGAGUUUGCUGGGCCUGUUUGGGGCCGUAACGAGUAACGACCCACUCCCUCUUCUUCCCCCUCGGCUCCGCUUGCACCACGAUCCGCUGCCGGCGCCACGCUCCGGCCGCCGCUGCAUCUGACGACUGGAAGUUGUAUCAGAAUUCAGCGCGAGAAUCUGCAUCGUAUGAGGUUCGCGGGGUGGUACCUUAAGAUCGCCGCCGGCGGCGCGGCCAUAGGCGCCGCCAUGGAGCUCUUCAUGAUCCACACCGGCUUCUAUGAGAAGGUAACUAUGCUGGAGUCAGAGAAAAGAGCUUGGGAGAGCAGCCCAGAGGCCCAAGCCAUGAGAGAAGCCUUGAAUCCAUGGCACAAGAAUGAUGAACCAGAGAGCAGAUAGUCACUGAUAUGCUCAUGGGUACUCCUGUCUAGUAAUUGCAUUCUCAUCGUUUCGAAUGUAUGGUAACACCACUUUAGUGACGAAUUAAUAGGGACGUCACAUCUUUGCAAAUGUUUGAAACAUUUCUAGUGUUUAUCUGAACACAAUGUUUAUGUUCAUACUGGGAUACUCCAUAUCAAACCAGUGAAUUUGUUCGUGUGUGACUAGUACUGGCUUGUAUGGGUUAUCGGUACUGAAGAAGUGAAGUGUACAUUUUUC